AUGGCGACAAGGAAUUUUACCGUCUAUAUCAGCAACGGAGACUGCGGUGCGGAGAGUGGAGAGGGUGACGAGGACUGCGGUGCGGAUAGUGGAGGGGGUGACGAGGACUGCGGUGCGGAUAGUGGAGGGGGUGACGAGGACUGCGGUGCGGAUGGUGGAGGGGGUGACGAGGACUGCGGUGCGGAUGGUGGAGGGGGUGACGAGGACUGCGGUGCGGAUGGUGGAGGGGGUGACGAGGACUGCGGUGCGGAUGGUGGAGGGGGUGACGAGGAAAUGCGUGGAGGGGGUGACGAGGACUGCGGAGCGGAGGGUGGAGGGGGUGACGAGGACUGCGGUGCGGAUGGUGGAGGGGGUGACGAGGACUGCGGUGCGGAUAGUGGAGGGUGUGACGAGGACUGCGGUGCGGAUAGUGGAGGGGGUGACGAGGACUGCGGUGCAGAUGGUGGAGGGGGUGACGAGGACUGCGGUGCAGAUGGUGGAGGGGGUGACGAGGACUGCGGUGCAGAUGGUGGAGGGGGUGACGAGGACUGCGGUGCGGAUAGUGGAGGGGGUGACGAGGACUGCGGUGCGGAUAGUGGAGGGGGUGACGAGGACUGCGGUGCGGAUGGUGGAGGGGGUGACGAGGACUGCGGUGCAGAUAGUGGAGGGGGUGACGAGGACUGCGGUGCGGAUAGUGGAGAGGAUUAUGAGGACUGCGGUGCGGAUGGUGGAGGGGGUGACGAGGACUGCGGUGCGGAUAGUGGAAGGGGUGACGAGGACUGCGGUGCGGAUGGUGGAGGGGGUGACGAGGACUGCGGUGCGGAUAGUGGAGGGGGUGACGAGGACUGCUGUGCGGAUAGUGGAGAGGAUGACGAGGACUGCGGUGCGGAUAGUGGAGAGGGUGACGAGGACUGCGGUGCGGAUAAUGGAGGGGGUGACGAGGACUGCGGUGCGGAUAGUGGAGGGGGUGACGAGGACUGCGGUGCGGAUAGUGGAGGGGGUGACGAGGACUGCUGUGCGGAUAGUGGAGAGAUGAUGAGGACUGCGGUGCGGAUAGUGGAGAGGGUGACGAGGACUGCUGUGCGGAUAGUGGAGAGGGUGACGAGGACUGCGGUUGGAGGGGGUGACGAGGACUGCGGUGCGGAUAGUGGAGGGGUUGACGAGGACUGCUGUGCGGAUAGUGGAGAGGGUGACGAGGACUGCGGUGCGGAUAGUGGAGAGGGUGAUGAGGACUGCUGUGCGGAUAGUGGAGAGGGUGGCGAGGACUGCUGUGCGGAUAGUGGAGAGGGUGACGAGAACUGCUGUGCGGAUAGUGGAGAGGGUGACGAGGACUGCGGUGCGGAUAGUGGAGAGGGUGGCGAGGACUGCGGUGCGGAUAGUGGAGGGGGUGACGAGGACUGCUGUGCGGAUAGUGGAGGGGGUGACGAGGACUGCUGUGCGGAUAGUGGAGAGGGUGAUGAGGACUGCUGUGCGGAUAGUGGAGAGGGUGACGAGGACUGCUGUGCGGAUAGUGGAGAGGGUGACGAGGACUGCGGUGCGGAUAGUGGAGAGGGUGACGAGGACUGCGGUGCGGAUAGUGGAGAGGAUGAUGAGGACUGCGGUGCGGAUAGUGGAGAGGGUGACGAGGACUACUGUGCGGAUAGUGGAGAGGGUGACGAGGACUGCUGUGCGGAUAGUGGAGAGGGUGACGAGGACUGCGGUGCGGAUAGAGGAGAGGGUGACGAGGACUGCGGUGCGGAUAGUGGAGAGGGUGACGAGGACUGCAGUGAAGAGGAUAAUUGA